AGAAAACAUAAAGGCCAUAGGCAAGCGAUGGAGUUCCCUAAGGUAUCGAUAUAGUAAGUGGAGGGAAUUCGGUACCAAGAGUGGAUCAAGUGGAGAAAUUAAGUUUUUUCCACACUCAGCACAAAUGGCGUUUCUCAACGACUCGAUGGUCACUCGAAAAUCCACAAGCCUUUGGCAAGCUCAAACUUCUGAGGCGUUGGAAGAGACAAGUAAUGAGGAAGUGCCGUGCAGUUCCAAAAAAAGUACGACCAACGUGAAAGAAAUAAUCGCUUUAAAGAAGGAAGAGUUGAGCAUAAAAAGAAGAUACGUUGAGCAGCAGGAUCAAAAGAAGAGCGCGUCACAAGUGUUUGGCGAGAGCGUUGCAAUGGAAUUGGAAAACUUGCCAGCCCCUCUCUUUAGAAAAUUAAAAAUUCGAAUAAUGACAGUUAUUAACGAAGAAAUAACUGAGUACGAAAACUCGAAUUUAUAAAUUUAUAACCUACAAAGCGUUUCAUAGCUAUACGAGCACCACAUAUCGACAAGUUUUGAUCACUUAUUCUUUUGUCUUUUAAUGUUUUAUUUUUUUUAUAAAAUUUAU